AUGCUACGGCAACUUAUAUGCUUAAUAUGCUUCCUCGUACCUUUUGCUUCAACGGGUGCCACUCAGCUUGUACCGAUACGCUGCGGUUCAAGUAAUUCGACAACACCUGAAAUUCCUGCAUGGAAAGCAAGUGACAACGAACUAAACACUUAUAACGACUUGUUAGGAGAAGUUCUCAGUGUAUUCCUCAAAAGUCAGGAAAUAGCAGUUCGUCUGGUCGGUUUUUAA